AUGCCACAUCUACAAGACGAUGACGAGGACAUUGACAUUAUCGCAUCACACAGCUGUCUGACUAAAGAUCCUGAGUUUUCAGAGAAUUUGGCAUUAAAAGGGACGGCUGUACAGUCAUCCACAUAUUAUAUCUAUGGAGCUGCAAACGCCAUCGACGGCAUCAGAUACGCUCCAGGUUUAGCCUCAAGCUGCUCCAUCACACCAAAUCAACUCAACCCGUGGUGGAGGCUGGACCUGCUGGAUUCUUACUAUAUUUACAAAGUGACCGUCACCAACAGAGCCGACGGCUAUUUGGAGACAACAGCUGGAGUAGAGAUCCGCAUCGGAAACUCUCUGGAGAACAAUGGCAACAACAAUCCCAGAUGUGGUGUCACUUCACUUGCCCCAGCAGGCAGUUCUGUUAGUUUCUCUUGCGGUGGAAUGGAAGGUCGUUAUGUGAACAUGUACAUUCCUGGCAUCCAGAAGUCUCUCGCGCUGUGUGAAGUGGAGGUUUAUGGAACAGGUAAUUUAUGA